AAAGUUUUUUCUCAGACUAUCUGCAAAAAACAUAUGAAGAUGAAGAAUUUUUCACUCUUACUUCUCAGUCUCACACUUCUUUUUAUUUCUGCUUGUUCACAAAAUAUACAGCAAAUGCAAUAUGUUGUUAGAUGGCCAGAAACCUACUGUAAUAAAGAUACCACCAAAGUGGUAUGUAAUCAAAUUCCUCUGAAAUUCACUUUGGUUGGUUUUUGGGGAACAGAUUCCAAUGCACAAAUUCUCAAAAACUGCAAAGAUACAGGAGAACAUGAUUGGAACAAAGUGUUUGAUACCACAAUGGUAAAUAAACUCAACCCAUUUUGGCCAUCUCUCACUACACAAGACCCCAAAGACAUGUGGAAGGAAGCUUGGAAAACAUAUGGAACAUGCACAAUACAAAGGUUCACAGGUCCAACACAAUAUUUCAACGGGGCUGCAAGAGUGGCUGGAGAAAUUAAAGAUUUAUUACAAGAUCACUUAAUAAAAUCAGAUGGAAUUGUCCCUUGUGACUCUGCUGUUUACAAAAAUGUUGAAAUCUUGAACUCAUUCAAGCAAGUUUCAAAGAACAAAGAAGUUUCCUUCACUUGCACAAACAUUAACAGCACUCAUGCUUACUUGAAUCAAGUUACAUUUUGCCGGACAAAUGAUGCAAAACAUUUUACAAAUUGUCCAACUUCUGUCAUUAACAGACGUUGUUCUGUUGAAAACAUUAUUGUUCCUCGUCCUUCACCUCCUGCUCCAGCUUCAUCCCUGCAGACUCUUCAAAGGACUGGAGAAAACCUUCGACCCAAUAGCAUAUGGGAGGUCCUUCGUCAACUAAUUUAAUUUAAUAUCUUCUGAAGCUUUGGAAGAAAGUUUAUGAGUAAUAGAAAGAUGAAUAAUAUCUCAGUUGUGACUGUGAUGUGUACUGAAUAAAUGAAGCAAAUAAAAUGAUCAUCUUUCCAUUUUA